UUGCUGAUGAUUACUCGAUGUUGACACACCUGUGUCCCUGGUCCUACCGUUGUCGUUGUAACGGUAGGUUUGAUUAAAGAAACAAAAAAAAUAACGCAUUCUUGGGAAUAUAAAUAUCUGCGUCGACCGCACGCGUCAUUCAAGUUGUAUAACCUACUUGGUUCGAGUCUCGAGAUGGAGUUUGUAAAUGUAAAAUCAUCCAUGGCUCUUCUGUAUGACCGGUUUAUCCAAAAUGCAGACCCACGUACAGGCAACUGGUUGCUUAUGUCUUCUCCUCUCCCGCAAACCAUCAUCAUCGCUGCAUACAUCUUCUUCGUCACCUCGUGGGGUCCGCGGCUAAUGGCGAACCGGAAGGCCUUCGACCUCAAAGGGGUUCUCGUAGUUUACAACUUUGGAGUGGUCGCCCUCUCGCUAUACAUGUGCUACGAGUUUUGGAUGGCUGGCUGGGGAACAGGCUACACAUUUCGCUGUGACUUGGUGGACUACUCGCCCACGGGUAAAAGGAUGGUGGCAACGUGCUGGCUCUACUAUUUCUCAAAGUUCAUAGAGAUGUUGGACACAGUCUUUUUCGUGCUGAGGAAGAGGAACAGCCAGGUCACCUUCCUCCACGUCUACCACCACUCAAUCAUGCCCUUCACGUGGUGGUUUGGCGUGCGCUUUGCUGGAGGUGGUCUGGGAACGUUCCACGCGCUGCUCAACAGCAUAGUGCACGUCGUCAUGUACACUUACUACGGCCUGACCGCCUUGGGGCCUAGCUUCCAGAAGUACCUGUGGUGGAAGAAGUACCUGACGUCCAUCCAGCUGAUACAGUUUGUGAUGGUGACCACACACAUCUGGCAGUAUUUCUUUCUGGAGGACUGCCCCUACCAGUUUCCGGUCUUCAUCUACAUCAUUGGCCUCUACGGACUCAUCUUCCUGCUGCUGUUCCUGAACUUCUGGUACCAUGCCUACACCAAGGGCAAGAGGCUCCCCAAGUCCAUGCAGAACCAGACCUGGGCUCACCACUCCAACGGCGUCAUGAACGGCAACGCCAAUCACAACGAGAAGGAAGAGUGAUGUCGGAAAAUCCCCCCACCCCCACCCCACACACGCAUCAGUAGACCACUGUGAGGUGCUGUAACCCAAUCAAAGACAUUCACAUUGUGUCUUUAUAUAUUUUUAUUUUAUGCAAUCAGUCAUGACGGCUCUAUUUUAAAUUUGGUUCCCUAAUGUAGUUAAAGACGAAUAUCUGCAUGAGAGAAUAGUGGGCUAUCUAUGCAUUUCCACUUUUCACAAUUGUAAUGCUUUGUUCACUCUACCCUUCACAAAAGCACCUUUUCAUAAUGUUUCCGUCACUGGUGUUGAUACUCCUUGCCUAGGCAUAGACUUAUUCUCCAUAUGAACUUUGGGAAAUGAAUGAAUGAAUUUGAAAGAUUAAUUUAUGAGUGUUCCGUGCAACAGAGGAGGAAGCUAACAGUUGGUUUUGGUUUCUGCCUUAUUUUACCGUGUAACCAAGAAUUCAAGCCCAAGCUGAUUACAAACUCUUUUUUACUAUGUAUUUUCUGUAUGGGUUAUGUUAUUUAUCCGAAAAUUGUUUCAUUGUUAAAAUAUGUCUGGCAACUAUGAUGGCGGGGGAGGGGAACCGACCCUGGCAAUGACAUUGAAUCGAUUUCUUUUUUUAAACGAUUUUUAUCCUGUAAUUAAUGAAAGCGUGCUGAGCACUACCACCCUGCUCAUUCUGUGACUACACUUUUGGCCGCUAGGUACCUUGUCUCUUACCCCUUCCCCCUUCAAAAUAAGGGGUAAGGGGUAGAAAUGGGAUUGGGCCUUAAACCACUUUGUGUUGAGCUGUGGUCCUGGCUAUGCUAUUGGUUGCCUCACCACUGCAUUUUGUUUAAAUAUAUUCUGUUCUUUUUGAGCCCUCCUUCACGCCAGAGGUUAUGUUAUGACUGUCCCUCUAAAAAGAAGAUGCGACAUGAAUGCAACAUGAAAAACGUAAUGUAUAGU